CGCUUCCUACCCCCGAAGGACGGCGACGAUGAAGGGCAAAACACCUCCUCGUGGAAGGUUUUUGAAUCAAGUGAAGAAUCAGGCCAUCUUAUCCUUACCAUUGUUGUAUCUGGCCACUUCUUUAUUUCCCAAGGGCGAACAGUACUGGAAGGCUUUUCAUUAAUUGAUUCCCACAAGUGGUUAAAGAUCGUAAGAAAAGCAGACUGCCUGCUGCUUUGUGCACAGUCAAAGCAGAAUGAAUGCCGCAUGUUUCGCAUUCAGUUUGGUGGAGAAUCAAAAGAACAGAUGCUGGAACACUGCUGCAGUUGUGUUCAGAAACUUGCAGAGUACCUACCAGUUCAGGCAACUGACGAACAAAGCCAGCAGCUCUACCACAGCCUCGGGCAGCUGGCUAGUGGUGAAAAUCAAGACGCAUCAGUACUAUAUACAGCAGAUGAGCCUCUACCAGAUUCCUGCUUCGGAGAAAGAAGAUCUGUAGCGCAGCUAGCACAGUCUGUGCUGAAAAAGAAGUCUGAGCUCCCUCUUGUGUACCGGCAUUCAGUGUGGCGCGCGCAAGAGCUGGGGCCCUUCAUUCGCUUGUGUCUCAUGGAUCAGAAUUUCCCAGCUUUUGUGGAAGAAGUGGAGAAGGAAUUGAAAAAACUCACAGAAGGUUGA